CCCUAUCUUCAUUGAAUUUCCAUAAUGAAACCUUUUCCAUGGCUGGUUUUGUCACAAGCUCUGCUGACCGGAACCAUAACUAUUAUAAAGUCGCUGAUGCGAGUGGAUGUGGACAACUUGUUGGUAUCGAAGAUGGAAUCUUUAGGAUCGUCUCCUGCCCAAUGGAGGGGAAAGGCGUUCGCAAUGAACCGAGAGAGAGACAUUCAGUCUUUGACCACACAAACAUAACUGAAUGCAUCCAAAACGGAAGGUAUGUCAAUGGAACCCGUGUUACAUACGCAUGUAAUCAAUAUUUCAAGAUGCGGGGACCAAACUCGCGGACUUGUAAACCCGAUGGGCAGUGGACGGGAAAAUCUCCAGAUUGUGAACCUCAAUGCGGGAAAAUAGCGACACAGACAUCGCUCUCAGCAGGUGGAAAUCCCGCUCUCAUAGGAGAGUGGCCGUGGCAGGCAGCUAUUUAUGACACGGAAAAGAGAGAUAUCAUAUGCGGAGGAGCUCUUAUUCAUAGGAAAUGGGUAAUCACUGCUGCCCAUUGCGUCACCUUUGAGGGAUCACCUAAAGUCCGGAGCCGGGAUUCCUUUCUGGUUUAUCUUGGGAAACACUAUAGAGUUAACUCUCAAGAUGAUGAGUUCGUGCAAAAAAAGAAGAUAUAUCGAAUCAUCACCCAUGAAGAUUUCUCCAUGCUGAAUUUCGACUCCGAUAUCGCACUCUUGAAACUGACGGAACCUGCCACGUUAUCCCGAAGAGUGCAGCUGCUUUGCUUCCCUGCAAAUUCCGAUAUAUUUGAGAGAAAUCCCUCGAACAGAUUACGAGGAUGGGUGGCUAGCUGGGGUGCCGAUAGUUCGAAUAUGCUCCCGAAUGUCUUGAUGAAAGUGGAACUUCCUUUAAUAUCCAACUCUCAUUGUCGCCGGGACACAGCUCACUUCACUGGGGACCCCACUGCCGCAAAUUCCCUGACUUCAAAUGUGUUUUGCGCCGGACACGAUAGGGAUACACCACUCCAAGCCUACCAAAGUGUCUGUCCUGGGGAUUCGGGGAGUCCCCUGGUUCUGCUAUCUGGUCCAUCGGGAGACAGUCACUGGACCAUCGAAGGGAUCGUGAGUCACUUCUUCAGCAAAGAAGAGUGUUCCAUGAGGCGUCCUGGCCAAUACGGCAUCUUCACCAAAGUCAAUCGGCACAAAAAUACCACGACAUCGGCCUGGUUCGACUGGAUCGUGAAGUCCCCAUUAAAUGAUUCAUUCACCCGGCGUGUCUCCCGACAGAGGAAGAUAUUCCGCCUGGAAGACUUAACGUCACUGUCGCCGGAUGGGGAACCACGAGGGAAUCGAUCCAACGUCCUGCAGAAAGUUCGUGUUUCCAUAUGGGAAACCUCCAAAUGCAACAAGAAGAUCUUACAGCAUGACAUCCUCAGGAGACCCUAUCCGAAUGGGGCGACGACCCGAAUCAUCUGCGCCAGCGACAAAGACAAAGACUCCUGUCAGGGAGACUCAGGCGGUCCGCUCAUGAUCGGUCGAGGCAGCUGCCAACAUUACGUGUUGGGGACCGUUGCAAGUGGCGUCGGAUGCGCGACUCAAGAAUUCCCUGGCUUUUACACCCGUAUUCCCGCUUACUUGGAUUGGAUCGAGGGGAUCGUCUGGAAAGAUGACCCAUGA